AUGUUGCCUGUUGUACCUGUGUUCAAUGCUGUCAAUGCGUUGAAAGAAAAGACUUACCUUUACUUAUCCAGUCAAUUAGUACUUGAUGGGAAGGAUAUGACUAAAGAUGAUAUUUUGGAAUUUGUUCAGAAUAGUCAUGGUCAAAAUAUUUCUGUUCUAUUGAAAGACGCAAAAUUUGAGGAUGAUGAUCUGAUUGUUCUAUUGAAUAAUGGCGUUGUAACCUUGUUUAUUGAUUCUGAUGAUUAUGCUGCUCAUUUAGUUGAAAUUGGGGUACCAAGCAUCAGAUUGACCUUAUUAAAAGAUGGUGCAUACCAGUUCAGCUUUGGUCAAAUACAAGAGAUCCAACAAUCUCAAUUGGUUAAAGCAUCUGAAAUUUCUUUGGAAACAUUCACUAAUUCUGUCCUUUCUGGCAUGAAAACUGAUCGUCCAGAUGGUUUAUAUACUACCUUAGUCGUUGAUGAAAAUGAACGUUCUCUAGGUUUGGUAUAUUCUAAUAAAGAGUCCGUUUCUUUGGCCAUCGAAACACAAACUGGGAUCUACUUUUCCCGUUCACGUAACGAAAUUUGGCGUAAAGGUGCCACUUCUGGGAAUGUUCAAAAAUUAUUAUCUAUUGAGUUGGAUUGCGAUGGUGAUGCACUAAAGUUUGUGGUCAGACAAGGUGGUUCAGGGUCCUUCUGUCACUUGGAAACCGAAUCUUGCUUCGGUAACUUCAGACAUGGGUUAUACGGUCUACAGAAGCUUUUACAGGAAAGACUCCUUAAUGCCCCAGAAGGAUCAUACACCAAAAGACUAUUCAAUGAUUCGGACCUUUUAACUGCCAAGAUCAAAGAAGAAGCAGAAGAACUUACCGAAGCUGUUGAUAAAAAAGAUAUAGCUUGGGAAUGUGCUGAUUUAUUUUACUUUGCUAUGGCUAGGCUAGUUGCCAAUGGCGUAUCAUUAGAGGAUGUUGAGCGUAACCUAAAUACCAAACACUUGAAAAUCACAAGAAGAAAAGGUGACGCCAAACCUAAGUUUCUCAAGAAGGAACCAGUUGCUGUCCAUGAAGAAGAUGGAAAAAUUGUUCUUAACGUUGUUUCCGCUAGUGACAAAGCUGCCGUCGAAAAGGCAGUCACAAGACCAAUUCAGAAAACAGCUGAAAUUAUGAACCUGGUUAACCCAAUCAUUGAAAACGUUAUUAAGAACGGUGACAAAGCGCUAGUUGAAUUGACAGCUAAGUUCGAUGGUGUCCAAUUAGAAACACCAGUUUUGGAGGCACCUUAUCCAGAAGAAUACCUUGAUGGAUUGACUGAUGAACUAAGAGAUGCUUUGGACCUGUCUAUUGAAAAUGUAAAAAAGUUCCACGCUGCUCAAAUGCAAAGUGAAACCCUAGAUGUCGAAACUCAACCAGGUGUUGUCUGCUCUAGGUUCCCUAGACCUAUCGAAAAGGUUGGUCUAUACAUUCCGGGUGGUACAGCAAUCUUACCAAGUACUGCGCUUAUGUUAGGUGUACCGGCCCAGGUUGCUGGAUGUAAAGAAAUUGUUUUCGCAUCACCUCCAAGAAAGUCUGACGGUAGAGUUUCUCCUGAAGUUGUUUAUGUUGCAAGUAAAGUCGGUGCUUCAAAGAUCGUAUUAGCAGGUGGUGCACAAGCUAUUGCUGCAAUGGCCUACGGUACUGAAUCCGUUCCUAAAGUGGACAAAAUCUUAGGCCCUGGUAACCAGUUUGUUACCGCAGCAAAAAUGUAUGUUCAAAACGACACUCAAGCUUUAUGUUCUAUCGAUAUGCCAGCUGGUCCAAGUGAAGUCUUGGUCAUUUGUGAUGAAGAAGCUGAUGUUGACUUUGUUGCAUCGGAUUUGCUAUCACAGGCUGAGCAUGGUAUUGACUCUCAAGUUAUUUUGGUAGGUGUCUCGUUAUCUGACUCGAAGAUUGAAGCUUUACAAAAUGCUGUUCACGAACAAGCUAUGCAGCUACCUAGAGUUGAUAUUGUUCGUAAAUGUAUCGCCCACAGCUCAAUCAUUCUAUGUGAUUCUUACGAAGAAGCCUUCAAGAUGUCGAACCAAUAUGCUCCUGAACAUUUGAUUCUACAAAUUUCAAAUGCCGAAGACUAUGUCAAAGAUGUGGAUCACGCCGGUUCCAUUUUUGUUGGUGCUUAUACUCCAGAAUCAUGUGGUGAUUACUCUAGUGGUACGAAUCAUACAUUACCUACCUAUGGUUAUGCUAGGCAGUACAGUGGUGUGAACACAGCCACUUUCCAGAAGUUUAUCACUUCUCAAGUGGUCACCCCAGUCGGUUUAGAACAUAUUGGUCAUGCUGUGAUGAGUGUUGCUAAAGUCGAAGGCUUGGAUGCUCACAGAAACGCAGUCAAGAUCAGGAUGUCAAAGUUGGGCUUACUACCAUCAGGUUUUGAAUAA